UCCGCUUUUCAAACAUCCGGCACUCACGGUACAAAGACGGAUGACGACACCUGUCCCUCUUUCUCCGAUACUUGAGGAAGAAAGUGGACCCGCAAGAUCGAGGGAUGGGUGGGAUCAGCUAAUGGCAAAUCCAAAUGUUGCAGGAAUAGGAGAUCCGCCUAUUACUGCAUUUUUUUAUCAUCCACGCGCUUUGUUUCGGGGCCUUCCACUCCUUGGGCCUCCGCCACGUGGGCCUCUACCCCGUGGCCCAGCAGCGCCGGGUCCGCUGCAGCGUCCGCCGUUACCCCCUCCUCCUCAACGCCCUGCUCCUCCACCUCCUGGGCCGCCACCUCAUGCACCAAACCGCAAUGGGAGACAUGGGAUUUUCGGUGCACUGAAUCGUUUCUUCCGUAGACAGCGGUAAUUGCGACGAACACGUUAUCUGUGUGCAGCGCAGAGGAAGCUAAAGUAAGUUUCGGCGAUGCAGAGAUUGACGGCCAGCUGACCGCAGUUUUCGUCACGAGUAGCAUGGUACUACAUGGUGCUCAGAUGAGGGGCCAUCGAAGUGGUAGGGAGUAAUAGUGUAAUGAAUGGUCAUAUCAUGUGCUCGCUAAGCUAUCAUCAGUCAGAACAGAGGAAGAGACUGAAAAAACUGCAGCUUCAGCAGGCCUGCAUUCAGCAGUCCUGGAAUCCAGGCCUGGAAACAAUUGCAACAGAA